GCCAAAUUUCUACUUACAUGUAGUCAGAAUGAGCAACGGGGAUAUAUCACAACAAGAAUAAUACUAAAUCCCGUUAACUAUAUGUGUUGUGUCUACAUUUACAAGACAUACGACUAUUCUAUAUUUUUAUGGAUAAUAUAGUGAUAUAUUAUAGCAGUUAGUAAAAUUUCAAAUACAAGCGUGAUCUCGUCAUAUUGUUUACAGUGAAGGCUAAUAUUCUGUUAGCUGUUGUGGAGGAUUUGGAUAUACUUGUCAGCUAUGGUUUUACAAAACAGUGGACGGUAUAAAUCAGACCGAGGAGGGGAUCAGGACAACCAGCAGGAUGAUGGAUCUGCCAUGUCCGCUGUCAAACGGCUGGAGCGCAGUCAGUUCACCGAUACGAUGGACGAGCGCUUCGGCUUUGAGCGGAUGAAAGAGCCCGGGGAGAAGACUGGCUGGUUGAUCAACAUGCACCCGACUGAGAUCCUGGAUGAUGACAGGAGAAUGAUCAGUGCGGUGGACUACUACUUCAUACAGGAGGAUGGAAACAGAUUUAAGGUUGCCCUUCCCUUUAAGCCAUAUUUCUAUGUAGCUACUAAAAAGAACUGUGAGAGGGAGGUUAUCUCCUUUUUGUCAAAGAAGUUCCAAGGGAAAGUGGCAAAGCUUGAAAUGAUUGCCAAAGAAGACUUAGAUCUGCCGAACCAUCUUGUGGGACUAAAGAGGAACUACAUUAAACUUUCUUUCAACACGGUGGAUGACCUUGUUAAAGUUAAAAGAGAAAUCUCGCCAGCCAUCCGUAAGAACAGGGAGAGAGAGAAGUCCAAUGAUGCCUAUACCAGCAUGUUAUCCAGCGCUCUGGUUGGUGGGAGUGUUGUGACGGAGGAUGAGGAUGGUUCAUCGAAGAAGAUGACUGAACAGCUCGACAACAUCGUAGACAUGCGGGAAUAUGAUGUGCCUUAUCACGUUCGUGUGGCCAUUGACCUUAAGAUUCAUGUGGCUCACUGGUAUAAUGUGCGGUACAGAGGAAGUGCUUAUCCACCUGAGAUUGUGCGGAGGGAAGAUCUUGUAGAAAGACCUGAUCCAGUGGUGUUGGCAUUUGAUAUUGAGACAACCAAGCUUCCCCUAAAGUUUCCUGAUGCUGAAAUGGACCAGAUCAUGAUGAUGUCAUACAUGAUAGACGGACAGGGCUUCCUCAUCACAAACCGAGAAAUUGUCUCGGAGGACAUUGAGGAUUUUGAGUUCACCCCAAAACCUGAGUACGAAGGCCCCUUCACUAUAUUCAAUGAGCCCGAUGAGGCCUCUCUCAUCCAGAGAUGGUUUGAACACAUCCAUGAGACCAAGCCCAACAUCUUUGUCACAUACAAUGGAGACUUCUUUGACUGGCCGUUUGUGGAGACCCGUGCAGCUCACCAUGGCCUGAAUAUGCAUCAAGAGAUCGGUUUCCAGAAGGACAAUCAGGGGGAGUAUAAAGCCACCCAUGCCAUUCAUAUGGACUGCCUCAGGUGGGUAAAGAGAGACAGUUACCUGCCUGUAGGAAGUCAUAAUUUGAAGGCUGCUGCGAAAGCAAAGUUAAGCUAUGACCCUGUUGAGCUGGACCCAGAGGAGAUGUGCCGUAUGGCCAAUGAACAACCACAGACUCUGGCCACCUACUCUGUGUCCGACGCUGUGGCCACAUACUACCUUUACAUGAAAUAUGUUCACCCCUUCAUUUUUGCUCUUUGCACCAUUAUUCCUAUGGAACCUGAUGAGGUUUUGCGUAAAGGUUCCGGUACCUUGUGUGAAGCCCUGCUGAUGGUUCAGGCAUUCCACGGCAACAUCGUCUUCCCAAACAAACAGGAGCAGGUGUUUAACAAACUGACAGAAGACGGUCACGUUCUCGACUCUGAGACAUACGUGGGCGGCCACGUAGAGGCUCUGGAAUCGGGAGUGUUCCGCAGUGACAUCCCCUGCCGCUUUAAAAUGAAUCCAGGGGCGUUUGACUUCUUGCUUCAGAGGGUGGAGAGAACUCUUCGCCAUGCGAUCGAGGAAGAGGAGAAAAUUCCACUCGAGCAGGUCACCAACUUCAAUGAGGUGUGUGAGGAGAUAAAGAAGAAGCUGAUAUCUCUGAAGGAAGUGCCGAACAGAAUCGAGUGUCCUCUUAUUUACCAUCUGGAUGUGGGGGCCAUGUAUCCCAACAUCAUCCUUACCAACAGACUACAGCCCUCCGCGAUGGUGGAUGAAGCCACCUGCGCCGCUUGUGAUUUUAAUAAGCCGGGUGCAAACUGUCAGCGCAGAAUGGCGUGGCAGUGGAGGGGCGAGAUCAUGCCGGCGAGUCGGAGUGAGUUUCAUCGCAUUCAGCAACAACUGGAGUCUGAGAAAUUUCCACCUCUUUUCCCUAACGGACCUCCUCGAGCGUUCCACGUGCUCAACCGAGAGGAACAGGCGCGGCAUGAGAGGAAACGAUUGGGAGACUACUGUAGGAAAGCUUACAAAAAAGUUCAUCUGACCAGACUGGAGGAGAGAGUCACUACCAUCUGUCAGAGAGAGAACUCGUUUUAUGUCGACACGGUUCGAGCUUUCAGAGAUCGGCGAUACGAGUUCAAAGGCCUCCACAAGGUAUGGAAGAAGAAGCUGUCUUCAGCUCAGGAUAAAGGGGAUGCGGCAGAGGUCAAGCGCUGUAAGAACAUGGAGAUUCUCUAUGAGUCUCUACAGCUGGCACACAAGUGCAUCCUCAACUCCUUCUACGGAUACGUCAUGAGAAAAGGGGCUCGGUGGUACUCGAUGGAGAUGGCAGGUAUAGUGUGUUUCACUGGAGCCAACAUCAUCACCCAGGCCAGAGAGCUCAUCGAGCAGAUCGGGAGGCCUCUGGAGCUGGACACUGAUGGCAUCUGGUGCGUUCUUCCCAACACCUUCCCUGAGAACUUUGUCAUCAAGUCUACAAACGAAACGAAACCUAAAGUGACCAUCAGUUACCCAGGAGCCAUUCUUAAUAUCAUGGUCAAGGAAGGCUUCACCAAUCAUCAAUAUCAGGAGCUGGUGGACCCAGCAUCUCUAACAUACGAGACCAGAGCUGAGAACAGCAUUUUCUUUGAGGUUGAUGGGCCGUACCUGGCUAUGAUCCUACCUGCCUCCAAAGAGGAAGGCAAGAAGCUGAAGAAGAGGUACGCAGUGUUUAAUGAGGAUGGAUCUCUGGCAGAGCUGAAGGGUUUUGAGGUGAAGAGAAGAGGUGAACUUCAACUCAUCAAGAUCUUCCAGUCUUCAGUGUUCGAGGCAUUUCUGAAAGGCACAACAUUAGAAGAGGUUUACGCCUCUGUGGCUAAAGUGGCCGACUACUGGCUCGACGUGCUUUACAGCAAGGCUGCUAACAUGCCGGACGCCGAGCUGUUCGAGCUCAUUUCGGAAAACCGCUCCAUGUCACGUAAACUGGAAGAUUACGGAGAACAGAAAUCGACGUCCAUCAGCACGGCCAAACGUCUCGCGGAGUUCCUCGGAGAUCAGAUGGUUAAAGACGCCGGUCUCAGCUGUCGAUAUGUCAUUUCCCGUAAGCCGGAGGGGUCACCUGUCACCGAGAGGGCGAUCCCUCUGGCCAUUUUCCAGGCAGAGGAAAGUGUUAAAAAGCAUUUCCUUCGCAAAUGGCUGAAGAUGCCAAGCCUUCAUGAUCUUGACAUCAGAUCUAUUCUGGACUGGAGUUACUACAUUGAGCGGUUGGGUAGUGCCAUUCAGAAGAUCAUCACUAUUCCUGCAGCUCUACAACAGGUGAAAAAUCCCGUACCCAGAGUCCGCCAUCCAGACUGGCUUCAUAAGAAGCUUCUGGAAAAGAACGACAUCUACAAACAGAAGAAAAUAAGCGAGCUAUUUACCAGUGAAGGAAAAAGACAGGUGGCCCAACAAACUCUCGGAGCAGGUGAGACUCCUGAUAUUGAGGAUUUUGGGGCUCCCCAGCGCCCCCUGCAGCCCGCCAUACUCAUCAGCACUAAGAGGAAGAGGAUUUCACAGGGAGAGGACAGCCAGACUGAGUCACAAGACCAGGAGCUCACUCAGUCUUGGAGAGAAAUACUCGGACCACCGCCGGCAAUUGGUAGCAGUCGGGAGGAACUUCUGGUCUGGCUGCGCUACCAUAAGAAAAAAUGGGAGUUGCAGAUUCGCCAGAGGAAGGAACGUAGGAAGCGACGGCGUUUGAUGGCCGGGGAAUCUCAGCCAACCGGAGGUGGAGUCAUCCGUGAUGGACCGACAACUGGGCUCGGCAGCUUCCUACGGAGGACCGCCCGCAGUAUACUAGACAUGCCCUGGCAGAUUGUUCAGAUUGCAGAGACCAAUCACCCAGGACUUUAUAAAUUGUGGGCGGUAAUCGGCAGCGACCUGCAUUGCAUGAAACUCAACAUCACACGAGUGUUUUAUGUCAAUCAAAGAGUGCCAAAGCAAGAUGAGGCUGCUACCUGCAAAAAGGUGAACAGGAUACUUCCUCGCUCGAGUGUGUCUUAUUUCCUGUACCAGUACACAGUUCCUGAGGACAUGUACCAGGAACACAUCAAUGAGAUCAAUGCUGAACUCUCCGCUCCUGAUAUCGAGGGUGUAUAUGAGACACAGGUUCCACUGCUGUUCCGGGCUCUGGUCCAGCUGGGCUGCAUGUGUAUGGUCAACAAACAGGUGGUCAGAGACCUGGCUGGCAGAGAAGCGGACACAUUUGACCUGGAACAUCUAGAGAUGAGAUCUUUGGCCCAGUUCAGCUACCUUGAGCCAGGGAGCGUAAGGCACAUUUACCUGUACCAUCACAGUCAGGGUCAUAAAGCUUUGUUUGGACUCUUCAUACCCUCCCAACGCAAAGCCAGCGUGUUUGUCCUAGAUACGGUACGCAGUAAUCAGAUGCCAAACCUGAGCACGCUGUACGGCACAGAACGCACAGCACUGCUGGAGAAGACCACCGAGGACCUUCUGCCCCCUGAAAAACAUCUGUUCGAAGUCCGUGCUGAAAACGACAUCAAAUCGAUUUAUCGUGCUCUACAGCGUAUUCUGCUCAACUAUAAGGAGGAGCGCCGUGGACCGACUCUCAUCGCCGUUCAGUCUAACUGGGAUCUCCGGCGUCUGGCUUCCGGCUUGGCGGUCCUGGAGGAGUUUCCUGUGGUGCCGGUUCACGUUAUUGACGAGAUCAGCUAUAACGUUCUGGACUGGCAGCGUCACGGGGCUCGUCGCAUGAUUAAACACUACCUCAAUCUGGACAGCUGCCUGUCACAGGCUUUUGAUAUGGCCAGGUAUUAUCACUUACCUGUCGGAAACCUGCCUCAAGACAUUUCUAUAUUUGGAUCGGAUCUAUUUCUCGCGCGUCACUUGAGAAAGCACAAUCACCUGCUGUGGCUGUCGCCUACGGCGCGGCCGGACCUCGGGGGGAAGGAGGCUGACGACAGCAGACUGGUGAUGGAGAGUGAUGAGAGAGCAUCCAUGGAGAUCAACAGCCAGGGCUGCUACUCCACAGUUUGCGUGGAGUUAGAUAUUCAGAGCUUAGCGGUCAACACCAUUCUACAGUCCCAGCAUGUGAACGACAUGGAGGGCGGGGCCAGCAUGGGCGUCAGCUUUGAUGUCAUUCAGCAUGCGUCACUGGAGGAAAUGAUGUCAGGGAAUCAGGGGGCAAACAUGGUCGCCAGCUACGACGAGACCGCACUCUGCUCCAACACAUUCAGGAUUCUUAAGAGCAUGGUUGUCGGAUGGGUUCGAGAGAUCACGCAGUAUCACAAUGUUUACGCCGACAAUCAGGUGAUGCAUUUUUACCGCUGGCUGAGAUCUCCCAGUUCACUUCUGUAUGACCCGGCACUUCAUCGUACUCUUCUCAACAUGAUGAAGAAGAUCUUCUUACAGCUCGUGGCAGAGUUUAAGCGUCUGGGGUCAUCGGUGAUCUACGGUAAUUUCAACCGGCUCCUCCUCUGCACCAAGAAACGAAGCAUUAAUGACGCCAUCGCAUACGUGGAGUACAUCACUAACAGCAUACACUCACGGGAGAUCUUCCACUCUCUGUCCAUCACAUUCUCACGUUGUUGGGAAUUCCUGCUGUGGAUGGACCCAGCGAACUACGGAGGAGUGAAGGGAAAACUACCCUCUAGCCUUCACUAUGGCGAGGAUGGGAAUGAAAAGACGAAAAAGAAAGACGAAGCAAAGGAGGAGGGAAGCGAGGAUGAGGAGGAUGAAGAAAACAGAGGUGAAGAUGAAGAACAGGACGGUGAUGUGGAUGAUGUCGAAGACCUGAUUGAAAGUAACUGGAACAUCAUGCAGUACCUUCCUCAGACAGCAUCCUGUCAGAAGUACUUCCUCAUGAUCGUCUCAGCCUAUAUCGCUGCUGUAUAUCACAGCAUGAGGCAAGAACUUCGGAGGAACGCCCCUGGUGCCACGCCCAUAAAGAGGCGGGGCGGGUCCCAGGUAUUCCAGCAGCCCACUGGGGAUGUCAGCGCACUUCCUGGUUUGAUCACAUUUUCCCAGGAGUACGUGUCAAGUGAACUGACGCAGAACUUCUUCACCAUCACUCAGAAGAUUCAGAAGAAGGUGUCGAGCACCCGCAGUGUGACGCUGCCAUCCGAGAUGUUUCCCGUUCUUCCCGGUUCUCACCUGCCCCUCAAUAACCCGGCGCUGGAGUUCAUCAAGUACGUAUGUCAGGUGCUUUCUCUGGACUCCAACAUCGUCAUUCAGAUGAACAAACUGAAGCGUGAUCUGCUGCGAUUGGUUGAUGUUGGUGAAUUCUCAGAGGACGCUCAGUUCCGUGACCCCUGCAAGUCUUACAUCCUGCCUGAGGUCAUCUGCCAUCACUGUAACUUCUGUCGUGACCUCGACCUCUGCAAAGACCCUGCGGUGGCCCAGGAUGGUUCAGUUCUUCCUCAGUGGUUUUGUUCGAACUGCCAAGCUCAGUAUGAAACCGAGUCCAUAGAAAUGGCCCUGGUGGAGGCGUUACAGAAGAAACUCAUGAGUUAUGCACUACAAGACCUGGAAUGUGCCAAAUGCAAAGGAGUGAAAGAAGCAAACAUGCCCCUGUACUGCAGCUGCGCUGGAGACUUCCAACUUGCCUUCACCACAAAGAGCUUCACUGAGCAGGUAGACGUUUUCCGGAACAUCGCCGCCCACUAUAACAUGAACUUCCUGCUGGAGACCAUUGACUGGGUGCUUAGUAUGAACUCAUAGAUUUGUUUUACCUGAUGUGUGUUUGUACCAUUUGUACAGUCCAAAAUGUACAGUCCAAAUUAUUGUUGAAAUAUGUUAUUACUUGUAAUGAUUUUCUAAUGUAAGAUGACUGUGAGAGAUCUUUCUCAAAGCAACGUUAUAGGAUGUGGUGCAUUUUAGAUAUUUGUGUGUAAUAAAUAUUUCAUGGUUGCUAA